AUGACAUUUACUUUUAAAAGAAGUAAAAUAACAUAUCCGCUAUGGUCCAAAUUACACAAAAAAUAUGAACUCCACAUUGUAGUGGUUGCUGCUCCUCACACCGUAAAACCUUAUAACAAUGUCACUACAUCUCUCAUAUGGCCAGUCAAUUUCAGGAUAGACAUCUCUCGUCCUAAGAAGAUACAUACUUCCGACAACGACAAACAAAAACUUCACACAAAUGUCUGUCUAUCUGCAUUUAAGGAAUGGAUGCCGCGGUGUUCUUCUAUUCGUAAAGUAGAGGCUGAUAUAGUAGUUGACAGUGAUUUUGCUCAAGUCAUUUACUUUUUUAAUAUCUACGUCAUUGACGGUCACAAAGUUUUACACAAAUUAGGCUCAAAAUAG